CUUUCACAUUUUCGUUCUUUUUAAAACGAGCACUUUGAAGUGAGCUCGUAUUUUUUCUUGUAUCAAAAAUUUAAAUUGGAUUAAAAGCAUCAACAUGAGUUUGUAUAAUUUUAAGAAAAUUAUGGUGGUUCCGCCAGCAAAAUCGUUCAUCGAUAUUAUGCUGUCAAGAACACAAAGAAAGACUCCAACAGUAGUACAUAAGCACUACAAAAUAUCAAGAAUUCGAGCAUUCUACAUGAGAAAAGUGAAAUAUACACAGCAGAAUUUUCACGAUCGCCUUUCUCAAAUCAUUCAAGAUUUUCCAAAAUUAGAUGAUGUCCAUCCAUUUUAUGCUGAUUUAAUGAAUGUUUUGUAUGACAAAGAUCAUUACAAACUUGCACUGGGUCAACUAAAUAUGGCUCGCCAUUUAAUUGAUAAUGUUGCAAAAGAAUAUGUUCGUCUAUUGAAAUAUGGUGAUUCUCUAUAUCGUUGUAAACAACUGAAGAAAGCAGCACUCGGUAGAAUGGCAACAAUCACCAAGAGACAAGCGUCUAAUUUGACUUAUCUGGAGCAAGUGAGACAACAUUUAUCAAGAUUGCCCACGAUAGAUCCAUAUACACGAUCUAUUAUAUUGACUGGAUUUCCUAACGUUGGUAAAUCUUCCUUUAUGAAUAAAAUCACUCGAGCAGAAGUAGAAGUUCAACCAUAUGCUUUUACAACAAAGAGUUUGUUUGUUGGACAUACUGAUUAUAAGUAUCUUCGUUGGCAAAUUAUUGAUACACCAGGAAUCUUGGAUCAUCCAUUAGAAGAUAGAAAUGUUAUUGAAAUGCAAGCAAUUACAGCAUUGGCACAUCUUAGAGCUUGUGUGCUGUACAUAAUGGAUAUAUCUGAACAGUGUGGUCAUACAUUAGAAGAGCAAAUUCAUCUUUAUGAAUCAAUUAAGCCACUUUUUGCAAACAAACCACUUAUGAUUGUUAUUAAUAAAGUUGAUAUAAUUAAGCUUGAAGAACUGGAUGAAACAAGAAAAAAUGUACUCGCAGGAGUUCUUAAUGACGAAAAUGUUCCAGUCAUUCAGAUGAGUACAGUCAACGAAGAAGGAGUAAUGCAAGUUAAGAUUGAAGCAUGUGAAAGACUUUUAGGCUUCCGUGUAGAUCACAAAUUAAAGACGAAAAAGGUUGAAAAUAUUUUAAAUCGUCUUCAUGUUGCAAUGCCAGAAAAAAGAGAUGAAAAGGAACGUCCAACAUUUAUUCCUGAUUGUGUAUUACAGAAGCGUGAAGUAGAAAAUGUUAUAAAACAAAAGAGAAAAUUAGAGAAAGAUAUCGAAGAAGAAAUGGGUGAUGAUUAUAUUUUGGAUUUGAAGAAACAUUAUGUUACAAUACCAGAAGAAGAGCGUUAUGAUAUAAUUCCAGAAUUUUUGGAAGGACAUAAUAUCGCUGAUUACAUUGAUCCAGAUAUAUUUGAGAAAUUGGAAGAAUUAGAACGUGAAGAAGGCCUACGACUGGAUAGUGGAUACUAUGAGCCACCAAAACUGAACAUUGAUGAAACAUUGCAAGAGAUUCGAGAUAUGGCACGACAAAUUAGAACAAAACGAUUUACAUUGCGCGAUAAUAAACGCUUAGCACCGCGUGCUGAUAAACCUAAGAUUCCUCGACACAAAUUACCUCACGUUCGUGAUCGAAAGGUAGACAAAUUGAAGAAUACAAUGGAGGAACUUGGAGUUGAUAUGAGUACAAAGGAAGAUUCUAAUUUCAACAAGAGCAAAAUUCAUGUACGUCGUAGUUUAGUACCUGCUAUUGGUGGAAAAGCUGAAAAGAGAAAGGAUAAGGAAUCGUCGGCAAUUGUCAAAUCUACAGGUCAAACAUUGAAACGAAAAGCACCAAAACAUGAACUUGGAUUGACAAAUGUUGUUGUAAAGAAGAAAGCUCAAAUUAUGGCUAAGCAUGACAUCGCUAAAAAAUUAAAGAAAAUGUGUCUCAAAGGUGAAGCUGACAGAUUUAUUGGUGAUUUGAAACCCAAACAUCUCUUCAGUGGAAAACGAGGAAAUGGAAAGACAGAUCGACGAUAAACUUAUAUUUUCAAAUAAUAUUUUACUCUUAAACAUUUUAUUAUCCAAUUGAAAUUUCAAGAAACAAUAAACUUCAUGAAAUAUUUACAAACUC